CUAUAUUUAUAAUUAAGAUAUUUUUAGUGAUAUGUUUCCUUCAAAAAGACAGAAACAAGUUAUAAGCAUCUGAAGACCUGGAUACGAGAGUACUUCCGUUUCCAAGAUGGCUGCCGAUAGGCGAAAAUUCCAGAUUUUGUCGCUGUUUUUAAUAUUCCUGGGCUGUUUCCGUGCGGUAGAGAGUGAGCAACCCAAAAUAGGUGGCACAGAAAGCUCCCCUCAACAUCCAGUAACACUGUUCACCGCCGACCUCAACGCUACUAGUAGUGAUGUCAAGAAAACCCUCCCAACAAAUACCACCCAGACGGAUGAUCCCACCACCCCUCCUACAGGUGCCCAGACUACAAAAGGCCCCACUGACGGUCCUCCCACCUGCCCCAGCAAUGCUCGGUGCAGUGUUCUGGCAGCACAGUGUGUGCAGUGUACUUACAACUCCUCAUGUGUGUAUGGGAGAGACAUCACUGUGGAGUGUCAUGUAAAGGAGGGAAUCCAAUGUGUGGGACCACCUACCUUUACCAGAACUAUGAAGUGUCAGUUUUGCUACCAGACAGCAGAAACUGAACAUGACUGUACCCAUUCCAUAGACUGUAAGGUCAUCUCUACUCCACGGGAAAGAUUUCAGGCCAACUGUACUGUCAAAGAAUAUAUCUUUUGUUUUGGUGCAAGGACAUUCCCUAAGUCACUUGAAUGUAACUGGACAUCUGGGUACCGGUGGUCGACAGCACUCAUACUGAGUAUCACAGUGGGAGGGUUUGGUGUGGACAGGUUCUACCUGGGACAGUGGAGGGAAGGGCUGGGCAAACUCUUCAGCUUUGGUGGCCUGGGUGUCUGGACACUGGUGGAUGUCCUGUUGAUAGCUGUAGGGUACCUGGGGCCAUCUGAUGGCUCACUGUACAUAUACUGAAACAACUGUGUACUACUUUGUACAGAUGUAUAUAUUCUCAUCACAUUGUGUAAACAUUGACCAGUCUUGUCUGUCGUGUAAGAAAAAAUAGCAAUUUUCCAUUGUUUCAGUCUUUUUAAUUCAAUAUGCAGCGUACAUGUAUAUGCACAUGUACACACCACAGAACUAUCUUCACCCGGUGAACCUUAAGUUUGUGCAGUAUUACUUCAACUGUCAUCACUCCCUAUAAACCUAAUAGUAUGUACAUGUAUGUAUACAAUCAUGUAGUUGAAAUUAAGAAAGGAAAGUGUGUGUUAUCAUUCUAUUGCAAGUUCCUACAUGACUUGUUAAUUAAAUCUUGAAGGUUAAGCCAUGAUACAAAAUGAGUACACGCACACAAUAUGUAUCUGUAAAUGUGUACAUCCACUUCAGUUUACUUGUGAAUAAAGUCAUUGUA